AUGGAGUUUAGACAAUUAUCUUGUUUAGUUCUAAUAGUUUUGACUUUGGUGGAAAUUCAUGCAUUGCAAUCUGGAGAAGAAUAUUGGAAAUCCGUUUGGCCAAACACUCCUAUACCGAAUAUUCUCUCGGACAUAUUCAUCCCUGACAAAGAAAUUAAUGCACCCAUUAGAGGUAACGAUGAGGAUCAAGAUUGGACAGCUUUUUUUCAACAUGAUCUAUAUCCUGGAAAGAAAAUGAGCUUAGGCUUUAACAAGCAUUCUAAUCGGCAAUCGUUACGAUCAAAGGCAGGCCAGCCUUUGGGAACAUGGAUAUGGAGUGAAACACAUAGUCUUAGUAGCUAUUGUACAAAUCCGGCAGCUAUAGGAGAAGAGAAGUAUUGUGCGCCGUCUUUAAAAUCGAUGAUGGAUUUUGUCAUAUCAAAGCUUGGAAAAAAUAUUAAGGUGAUUUCGAGUUACUUUGCGCAAAAUCAAGACCAAUAUGUGAUAGAAGAAGUAAACAAAAUCGGAAACAAUACAGUGAUGUGUCAUAGGUUAAAUUUGAAAAAAGUUGUAUUUUAUUGUCACCAAGUAAAUGCGACAACGGCUUAUAUGGUUCCAUUGGUGGCCUCGGAUGGAACUAAAGCGAAGGCAUUGACAAUCUGUCACCAUGACACAAGAGGUAUGGAUCCUAAGGUGCUUUAUGAAGUUUUAAAUGUUAAGCCCGGGACGAUUCCGAUUUGUCAUUUUGUUAGCAAUAAGGCUAUUGCUUGGGUGCCUAAUCAUGAUGGAAGUGACCAUGAUAAUAACCAUCUCUAUGUUCAACAAAUUGCACCCAUUAAAGGUAACGAUGAGGAUCAAGAUUGGACAUCUUUUUUUCAACAUGAUCUAUAUCCUGGAAAGAAAACGAGAUUAGGCUUUAACAAGCAUUCUAAUCGGAAAUCGUUACGAUCAAAGGCAGGCCAGCCUUUGGGAACAUGGAUAUGGAGUGAAAUACAUAGUCUUAGUAGCUAUUGUACAAAUCCGACAGCUAUAAGGGAAGAGAAGUAUUGUGCGCCGUCUUUAAAAUCGAUGAUGGAUUUUUCCAUAUCAAAGCUUGGAAAAAAUAUUAAGGUGAUUUCGAGUUACUUUGCGCAAAAUCAAGACCAAUAUGUGAUAGAAGAAGUAAACAAAAUCGGAGACAAUACAGUGAUGUGGCAUAGGUUAAAUUUGGAAAAAGUUGUAUUUUAUUGUCACCAAGUCAAUGCGACAACGGCUUAUAUGGUUCCAUUGGUGGCCUCAGAUGGAACUAAAGCGAAGGCAAUGACAAUCUGUCACCAUGACACAAGAGGUAUGGAUCCUAAGGUGCUUUAUGAAGUUUUAAAUGUUAAGCAUGGGACGAUUCUGAUUUGUCAUUUUAUUAGCAAUAAGGCUAUUGCUUGGGUGCCUAAUCAUGAUGGAAGUGACCAUGAUAAUAACCACCCCUAUGUUCAACAAGUGAAUAAGGAAUAA